AUGUAUCGUCGCGGAACGGCAACGAAGGACGCAAACAACAAACCGGCGUCGGAUGCAAGUGACAGUGAAAAAUACGCCGACCUUUUGGUGUUCGGCUACGCCUGUAAAGUGUUCCGAGACGACGAAAGGGCUCUUUACCACGAACAUGGAAAGCAUCUUAUCCCAUGGAUGGGGGACAAGAGCAUCAUGAUUGAUAGAUACGAUGGGCGUGGUCACUUACAUGACCUCUCAGAGUAUGACAGUGGGUCGUGGAACACAUCCUACCAGCUGUCGGAAGAAGAGGCCAGAAUUGAAGCGCUCUGCGAUGAAGAAAGAUAUCUGGCCUUUCACACUGACCUGCUAGAAGAAGAGGCGAGACAAGAGGAGGAAUACAAACGCCUGAGUGAGGCGCUAGCAGAUGAAGGCACCUACAAUGCAGUGGCCUUCAAAUACACAGCGGAAUACUACGAUCCUUCCCAACCUACAGAGGAAGAGGAUGCCAACAAGCGCACUGAGGAGCCAGAGCCUGAAGAGAGUGAAGAACCAUUUGUUGCUCCCCAAGGACUUGAGAUCCCCUCUGACGUAGAAUUGCCGGCAACCAUCAAGACUCAUAACAUAAUAGAGCGGACGGCCACCUUUGUAUGUCAGCAGGGCGCCCAGUUUGAGAUUGUGUUAAAAGCCAAGCAGUCUGGCAAUUCCCAGUUUGACUUUCUUCGUUUUGACCAUUAUUUGAACCCUUAUUACAAACACAUUCUGAGGGCCAUGAAGGAAGGUCGGUACAAUGUGGGCUCCACCAACAAACAAGAACAGCCAGAAGAAUCCAACUCUGAUGAUUCAGACGAUGAUGGGGAUGGCAAUUACCUCCAUCCAAGUUUGUUUGCACCUAAAAAAAGCUCUCGCCUCGAGGAGCUCAUGAAGCCACUUCGAGUGAUGGACCCAGACCAUCCCCUUGCAGCAUUGGUCCGUAAAGCAAAGGAGGAACAAAAUGGUGUGGCUGCAGUUCAGACUGGUACUGAGGAAGUGUCAGAUCCUGUCAUGCCCAGCACAGUAACGCAGUACACAGCUGAUCCAAAUGCAUCUGCUGUGUACUAUGGCUAUUACAUGCUUCCUGACGGAACAUACUGUGUAGCCCCACCUCCCCCAGGAGUAGAUGCCACCUCCUACUACAGUAGUGUGCCCUCAGCUGGGAUCACUUCCACGACUGUUUCAGGGGCAUUUCCUCAUUCAGUGACAUCCACAGCCUCUGGAAACAUUGCAAUAGCACCAGCUGGUGUCUCCAUUGCAGGAAUCAGCAAUUUCAAAGCUGAAGCUCCAGUUGUCACGGCAGCAGCAGCAGCACCCGCAAUAAUCCCCCCACCACUGGACAUCCAGGCUGUCAUUGACAAGCUGGCAGAGUAUGUAGUCAGGAAUGGGCUCAAAUUCGAAGCCAGUGUCCGUGCUAAGAAUGAUCCACGGUUUGACUUUCUGCAGUCUUGGCAUCAGUACAACACCUAUUAUGAGUAUAAGAAGAAUUACUUCAUGCAGAAAGAAGGGAAAAGCUUUCCAGAGAUGGCAGAAGGUGGGACGAUUCAUUUGGAUGAGUCUGGUAGUGAUUCCAGAAUGAACAAAGCUUCUUUUGCACCUAUUUGUUUUGCCAUCAAGCCAAAAGAAAAUGAAUUGCUGCCACUGGAGAAAAACCGAGUCAGGCUGGAUGACGAUUCAGAUGAAGACAAGUUGCUGGAAGGUGAUAGAUUGCAAGCAGUUGUAGGUGAUGGUGCUGAACUGGCUGAAAAGGAGCCUCAACCAGUCAGUGUACCAGAGGAGAAGAGACUCAGUUUACAAGAAAUGGAAGCUAAACAAGCCAAACAGAAACUGGAAGAUCGUCUAGCAGCUGCAGCCAGAGAAAAGCUGGCACAGGCAUCCAAAGAGUCCAAAGAAAAACAGCUACAGGCGGAAAGGAAGAGGAAGGCAGCACUAUUCCUCCAAACUCUCCGCAACCCAUUAAUGGGGGAGCCAGAGGCCAAGAGAGUUGAACUAGACUUAUCCACACAGCUUGAGAUGCAAAAGGCCAUCUCUGUUCUGUCUGAUCUACCGCUGGCACAAACUUCCUCUUCUACAUCAGCUUAUCUUAGAGAGGAAAGGUCUCACUCUGAGAGUCGAAGAAGUCGUCAGAGCCGGGAGGAAUCAUCCUCAUCACACUAUUCUCCGUCUCGAGGUGGAGACAGAAACUCCAAAAAAGGCAGAUACCGAGACAGUGAUCGGGACAGACGCAGAGAUCGAGAAUAUGAAAAUGACAGAAAUAGGGAUAAGGAAAGGGAUAAAGACAAAAAGAAGAAGAAACACAAGAGGAGGUCAAGAUCAAGGUCGCGAUCUACAUCGAGGCCAAAGAGCAAACACCUGUCCAGUGCCUAUAGAAGGUCGCACAGAUCACGGUCCCGGUCACAUUCUCCACGUAGAAGGGGCCGGGAGGGUCCAUCAUCAGAGCGGAGACACGAUGUCAAGGAUCACGGGUCCUAUCAUCACAGCAGCAGCUCUGGCUUUCGCAGGGACCAUUCUACAUCCAGGUCCCCUCUUGGAAAAAGAAAGAGCUCCAUCUCAGGAACUAAGAAAACGUCAGGUUCCUCUGUUUCUCCUGACCCAUCACCAAAUAGAGCUUUGUCGCCAUCUUCAAGCCCCAGCUCCAGCCUGGCCCAAUCCAGGGGUGCUUCUCAGGAGAAAGAGCCUGUGUCCUCAUCGAUAGUAUCUGCUGUUCAGUCCAAAAUAACUCAGGAUCUGAUGGCAAAAGUACGUGCCAUGCUUGCCUCGUCAAAGGCUUUCCAGCCUCCCACUUCUUGA